AUGAUUCUGUUUGCUUUGGACAGUAAAAAUAUGAAGGAAGAGGUUGCCAUUACGAAAGCCAAAGUGGAUUUCUCUGGCGUGGUGUGCCUGCCCCCUUCCGUCAUUGCUGGAAAUGGGCUGGACGGAGGAGGGGCUGGCGAAAAUGACGAUGAGCCGGUGCUUGUGUCCCUGUCAGCGGCCCCUAGCCCACAAAGUGAAGCUGUUGCCAAUGAGCUGCAGGAGCUCUCCUUGCAGCCCGAGCUGACCCUCAACCUCCAUCAUGGCCGGAACCCCAACCUCCCUCCACUCAGUGAAAGGAAGAAUGUGCUGCAGUUGAAGCUCCAGCAGCGACGCACACGGGAGGAGCUGGUCAGCCAAGGGAUCAUGCCGCCUCUGAAAAGUCCAGCUGCAUUUCAUGAACAAAGAAGGAGUUUGGAACGGGCCAGGACAGAGGACUAUCUGAAACGCAAAAUCCGGUCCCGGCCAGAGAGAUCAGAACUGGUUAGGAUGCACAUUCUGGAAGAGACCUCAGCUGAACCCUCCCUGCAGGCUAAGCAGCUGAAGCUGAAGAGAGCCAGACUGGCAGAUGACCUCAAUGAGAAGAUAGCGCAGAGGCCAGGGCCCAUGGAGCUGGUGGAGAAGAACAUCUUGCCUGUGGAAUCAAGUCUGAAGGAAGCUAUUAUUGUUGGACAGGUGAACUACCCUAAGGUUGCAGACAAUUCCUCCUUUGACGAGGACAGCAGUGAUGCCCUCUCCCCAGAACAGCCAGCCAGCCAUGAGUCCCAAGGGUCUGUCCCAUCACCGAUGGACUCCCGGGAGCCUCUCCCUAGCACCACUGGCACCUCACUAGCUCAGGGUUCCUCCCAGCUGCAGAUUGGCACAGACUCCAGUGAAACUCUUUUCCUGCCUGAGCAGCCACCUCCGCCACUGCCACCUCCACCUCUUCUGCCCCCUAGUCUUACCAAUGGAGUGGCUCUUACUGCUGCCAAGCCACCACCAACACUCAUUAAGCAAAGCCAGCCCAAGUCUGCUAGUGAGAAGUCUCAGCGCAGUAAAAAAGCCAAGGAGUUGAAGCCGAAAGUCAAGAAGCUUAAAUAUCAUCAGUAUAUUCCCCCGGACCAAAAGCAGGACAAGGGAGCUCCUCCCAUGGAUUCAUCCUAUGCCAAAAUACUGCAGCAGCAGCAGCUCUUUCUCCAGCUUCAGAUCCUCAACCAGCAGCAGCAGCACUACAACUAUCAGACCAUCCUGCCAGCCCCACCAAAGCCUCCAGGAGAGCAGCAGGGUGGUGCCAGUGCCCCUGCUGUACGCAAUCUCUCUGCCACAGUCAGCAGCACAUCUUCAAUAUCCUCCGGUUCCAGUGGGCUGAUGAGACAAAACAGUAACGCUGCGGUGGGCAAGCCUGGCCCUCUCCCUGCCAACCUGGAUGAGAUGAAGGUAGCAGAACUGAAGCAAGAGCUGAAGUUGAGGGCCUUGCCUGUCUCGGGCACAAAGACGGACCUGAUUGAGCGUCUCCGAGCUUACCAAGAGCAGAACGGUGCAGCUGGCCAAACAACCCCCACUCCCAAGCCCAGCACAGCAGCUGUCCUCCCUAAAGCUGCCGAAGUGGUGGUGGCCUUCCCAACUGCCAGGCUGAGCACAGGGCCAGCCCUGGUCACCACUGGAAUUGCACCAGCAGAAGUAGUUGUGGCCACAGUUACUGGUGGUGGCGUGAUGAAGUUUGGGAGCACAGGCUCAACUCCUCCUGUUUCUCCAACUCCUUCUGAGCGCUCGCAAAUGAGCACAGGGGAUGAGAAYUCAGGCACUGGAGAUACCUUUGGAGAGAUGGUGACUUCACCUCUGACCCAGCUCACCUUGCAGACAUCUCCAGUGCAGUUCUUGGUGAAGGAAGAAAGCUCUAAGUCCGCCUCCUGCAGCAUAAACGCGGCACCCAGGUCAGAGCGGUGUAGCACUGGUAACAGCAGAGAUGCAGAAGUUAGGGACAAAGACCAGAUGCUGCAGGAGAAGGACAAGCAGAUCGAAGAACUCACCCGCAUGCUGAAACAGAAGCAGCAGCURGUUGAGAUGCUUAGGCUACAGCUGGAGCAGGAGAAGCGCUCUCAGCAGUCACAGCCAGCCCCAACAGCCACAGGAGAAGGAACAGCCCUCACCUCCAAACCAGGAGCAUUUGGCWCUCAGGUCAAGAGUGAAAACGGUUUCCUGAGUUGCCAGUCUGCAAAGCAAUCCAGUGGCCAAACAGACCAAUUCAGCCCUGCACCAACCACUAGCCAAAUGGACACUUCGAAUCCAAGCCCAGUGCCAAAGAAAGCCGUGAUGGUGAAGCAGGAGGUGCCAGCCGCGGAAGCAGAGCCACCAUGCCAGUCCCACAGCCCGCGGCUUUUCCUUGGCCAGCAAGGGAGCGCCCUGAGCAACCUCAUCAAGGCCACCCCACCCCCCACCCUCAUCACUGACUCCACAGGGACCCACAUCGUCCUCACCGUGACCAAGCAGAGUGCUGAGAGGCAGGGCCUCUCUUCCCAUGGGAAGGCAGGGAGCAGUUGCCCACCCUUGCAGAGUGUACAAUCAUCACCCGCUAAAACUUCCUGCCAACCGCCGUGUCAGGUACCUGCAAACACCCCUCAGCAGCCCAUGCAGCAGCAGCAGCAGCAGCAGCAGCAGCAGCAGCCCAGAGGACCAAACCAGUCUAAGUCCUCAACGCAGCCUGGCUCUCCUGCUGCCCCUUCUCCCUCCCAGAUGGACCUGGAGCAGCAACAGCACACACCGCUUUUUGGAACAUCUCCUCUUCCUGUUCCCUCGGUCCCAAUGAAAGACCCACCACCAGGCUAUGAAGAGGCCAUGAAACAACAGCCAAAGGCCCAGGAGAACGGCUGUUCCAGCCAGCAGAUGGACGACCUGUUUGAUAUCCUCAUCCAAAGUGGAGAGAUUUCUGCUGACUUCAAGGAUCAGUCAUCCCCAGCUGGGAAAGAACCACCUGUGGCCCCAGCCUGUUCCCCACCGCCCGGCAGCCAGCCCUCCUCAGAGCUGGCAGUGCCAGGGUCCUUGGGGCAGCCGGUGCCUGUGGGCCGGCUGGAGGACUUCCUGGAGAGCAGCACCGGCCUCCCGCUGCUGACGGCAGGCCACGAUGGGCCGGAGCCCCUGUCCCUGAUUGAUGACCUCCACAGUGAGAUGCUUAGCAGUUCGGCCAUCCUGGACCACCCGCCUUCACCUAUGGACACCUCGGAAUUGCACUUUGCUCAUGAGCCGUCUGGGGGCAUAACCCUGGAUCUGGCUGAGGCUAACUUGGACAGCAUGGACUGGCUGGAGCUGCCAGGGGGGUCUGUCAUGAGCCUGGCUCCCCUGAACACUGCGGCUCCCAGCCUCUUUUCCACAGACUUUCUUGAUGGACAUGAUCUGCAGCUGCACUGGGAUUCUUGCUUGUAAUUCUGUGAGCAGAGACUGAAGGGAAUGGGAGUGGGAGGGCACAGGCAUGCAGGGGGAAGAGGCCAGUCAACCAAAAAAAGAAAAAAGAAAGCGCUCCUAGUAUUUGUACUCCUCCCCAACAGUGUCCUUCCUGCAUGAAGCUGGCAGUGGACUAGGCCAGGGCAGGCAGAAUGGCUGCUGGGGUGAAGUAGGAGAAGGAGGCAGGAGGAGCUGUGGGGCUGGUGGCCUCCUGCCCACUCGACACAGCCUGACCCAGCCGGGGUGAGAGCAAAGCCAGCAGUCGCUCUUCCUCCAGGCAGGAACAGCAAUGGCAGCGCAUUGUUCCCUAAAUGUGGGACAGAGCAUGACUGGGACUGAGCUGUUUCCAGAAGCAGCACUCUGCACCUUCCUGGGACUAGCAGAGAAAGGGGGUUGUGCUGCCCCAGCACCRUCGGUCUUAACGGUUGUGGAAGGCAAUUCUACCUCUGGAGCAGGACACAAAGGCAGGAGGGCUGCCUGGGGCUCAGAGCAGCUGCCCUCUGUACUCCCUGCCRUCUGUCAGGGGAGGGUCUGAUCUGCUGCAGGGCUGGGAGGARCUGGGCAGAACAGGCAGUUCUCUAAAUGUAGCCAAAGGGAACCAGGGCUCCCCACCAACCUGGUAAUGUCUAAUAUCUGGUUUCCCACAUAUUGCUGAGCUUGGCAGAGGCCUGCGAGCCUCUCUGCUUCCUUCACUUGCUUCGGGCUGCAGAACAGUCUUUUAAGGUGCUAAAAUUAGGUCCUUAUAGGUUAAAACUGCUGUCAGGCACAGCCCAUUGCCCUCAGCUCCCACAGCACCUGUGACAUCCCCAGGUGAGCAGGGCAGUUAGCCUGUGGCUGGGACUAGGAACAUGAAAGCACCUGUGUGUCCUGGGGAGUGGGCGAGGGGUGAGCUGGUAAUAAGUAACAUAUCACYGGGGGCCAUGUGCAAUCUGUCUCCCUCCUUCACUGUGUUGGUGCCUCACUGUACAUGCCUCAGUGGAAAGCAGCAGCURGGGAUGGAUGUUGUAUCCAGUAGGUGAGGAAGGGGAACUGGGACUGCAAGGGGGUGUGUUGUGUGGCACAGCACAGCUGCUGGCUCAGUGACUGUGAGGGCCCCUUCCUGGGGAGRAGCCUGAAAGCAGGUAUUUGGCAGCUGACCUCUGUUCUUCCCUCCCUCCAGUCCCACAGGGCAAAAGUAAAUGGCUGCUUACUGUGAGCUGGUGCUGUGUGUCCCUGUAGGGYCCCACGCUGGUGCCUCAGCAGAACUGCAUACUGAGUGGGUGGACAAACCCCUAAUAUCUCAGAGCCAUGAAGGUACUAUUCUUUGGGCAGGAUUCUGUGGUGGAGCACCAGGCCUGUGGCUCUUGUGCUGUUACUCCUGUUAAUUUACAAUUCCUGUGUCAGUAGUAACUCAUGGCCAUACUGACCAGGUGGGACAUGGCUUAGGUGGAUGUGGCCACCUCACCACAAGGCUGUCCCUGCUUUGGCCUUGAGCUGGCUCCAGGCUGCUCAGUCUGAGUGAGGUGGGGGAAGCUGUGGCUCCGUAAGUCACAUUGGACUGAGGUAGUGACCUGCUUAGGCAAUGAAAGGAUCAACUGCCMUACUUCUCAGUAUCUCCCUGAGGAUGCUGUCCCCACCUUUCCCCCAUGCUGGGCUGCAGUGCUUCCUGCUGCGGAGGGGUAGCUGUGAGCCACAUGCUCCUUCCCUGCACCUAUGGUACCUGGCCCUCUUCUCAGGGGGAGGCUGUGGCACAGGGGUGCCGGUUCCUCUGCUCCAUGGUGGGGCAGGUGAAUGUCAACCCUGGGCUAUGUGCUCUCCCUCAGCCACUGAAGUGGCAGCUGGAGGGGGUCAUGCCUGUUCACAGCUGGGAAAUACUCCUGCCUUUCUGAGCCCUAUUUGCUUGUUAACUGCAUGGGGAGCCACUUUCUUAAUCAUUUGCAGGGGGAGUCUGCUGGCAGUUUCCUUCCUUUCUGCCCCCUCCUCUCUGUCCCUGAGCUGUAAGCAGUCGGAGCUUCUUAUCUGCCUCCCUUAGUGUCCAGGUUGGGGAGGACAUCACCUCCCUUCCCCUUCCCCACAGGCCUUCUAUUGCUCAAGGUACAGGGUCACAUCUUAAAAAUCAGAGUAAGAGACUGCUGGGCACGCCCUCUACCCUCCUAAGGCCUUCCUGAAUUCUCUCCUGAUGCAGCCCUCCUGCUCACUGGGAGCAGUGAGUACAUAGCUGUCGCCUUACAGAGCUCGCACCAGCUUCCGCAGGGCAGCGGUCCAGCUGUGGGGUCAGGAGUCAAGGAGUUUCUUAGGAGGAAAGUAUGGGGAGAGUAAAUCUUUGAAAUGCCAAGGGGAAGAAAUGAGGCUGCCUGUUUGUCAGACUCAAGCAAAAUCAGGUUUUUUAAGCCCAUAGGUCCAGUAGACCCCCACAAAAAACACCUGUGUUGUUUCUUUUAUACAAAUCUUUACAAAUCUGCAGCCAGCAAAUAAAGAAGGAAAUAAUCAAUAAAGCGCAAUGAGCUCCUAGAGGAAGAUGGGAGCACUCUAGCUGCAGUCCUGGCCUGAACCAGCCCUGGUUCUUUGCCCUGGGCCAGGUACUCCAGUCAUUGGCAGAGAGAUGUCAAUGCCUGUUAGCAAUGUAGCCCUUCCGAGAGGUUGCUGGUGAAAGGCUGAGCUCACAGCUACUCCUUUUCACCUUUACCCCAUCCACCAUCAGGUGUGAAACUGUAGAAAUCCAGUGACCCAGAUUUUGGCCAGAAUACYUGCAUUGGCUGAAGGGCUGAAGAAACUCAAGUAGUCCAGAGGAUACAGAACCAUGAGCCUCAUGUCCCAAGGAGCCUGGCUGACUUGUGAAAGCCCCUCUGCACAAGGGGCUUCUGCCAGGGAAAUGAAUGAUGACCCUGUGCCUGCAGGCAGAAGGGAAGGUGGUGGCUCAGCCCCAGAAAUGUUAGAAAGUCUUUUCCCCAAGCAGCACCCAGAGCAGGCUUGCCCAGUUCUCUGCUUUCUUACUAUUAUUUGUUUGAAUAAUAGUUCAAUAGUUCUUUGUCAGAAGAGGUAUUCCCCUGGACAUACAUUUUUGCACCCACUGGGAAAAAUGAAGUCUGAUGUUCUGCCUCUACCUUGAAUGUAAUCCUGAAUCUUUCUGCUGUAACCACUACUUGUUUGUAAUGUGUAUUUGACUAGCACACACUCUCCCUUCCACUAUGCAGCCAGUGGUGAGGGGUGAUCAGCACUAUCAGUGCCGGAUGGUGUUGGGGCAUCAGAUCCAGAGCGAGUAUUCAACUGGAAAAGGAUAAAAGUGACAAGUUAAUGGGGGGAGAGAAUGGAUCUUUAAAUUGAAUUAUUUUUUCAGUUACAAAUAUUUGAAGAAAAAAAAUCCAUUUUAUUAAAAAAAUUCCAAACAGU